AUGAACGCGGCUGUGUGGCUGUUGCUGAGCGUGGGGCUGAACUUUGGCAGUUCUGAGGGAGAAGCUCGGCCGGUGAGCGGGGCUUCAAAGCCCCUUUAUUCUUUCUCCGCCAUGCGCUGCGGGUUGCAGCUGCCGCCCUCCCCGCGUGAGGCAUCUCGGGGAAGCCUGCAGCGCAGCCCCUGUCGGGUUUCUGCCUGUAAUAACUUAGCUCUUGUCAACCCAAGGUUGCAACCUCUUUUUCGAAACGGUAGCAGGGAUGGGAGCGAAAUGUUCGCGCCGCGCAGCAGGGUCGUGUGCUACCGAGUCUGCUUUUCCCAGAGAGCGGAGAUCGUGCGAAUCCCUCGCUACCUAAAUGUUAGGAGUAACACUAAUGCGGUAGUAAAGGUAAAAAGGUAAAGGACCCCUGGACGGCUAAGUCCAGUCAAAGGUGACUGUGGGGCGCCGCGCUCACAGUGGUCCCUUUUUCGAAACUCUGGGGUACCAGUAGGACCAUCAUGCGAAGCAUCAUGCGAAGACGCUUUCAGACGAGAGUCAGACUACCGGUCCAACUAGCAUUGCUUGCAGCGGGAAGGGCGCUUGGGGUUUCUUUCAGUCCAGAGUUUUUACCGGACCGACCUGGCGGGAACUAAACCUGGGACCUCAUCUUCUGGACUCCAACAUCUUGAUUACAGACACGGGGAUGUGUGUAAACAAACUCAUAUCGCUGUGCAUUUUUGUGCCCUGCAGUUUUGUGCUGCUGCCUCACGCCGAUACCGAUCGUUUUUGUGGUCUUUAUUUAAAGGUUUUAAUUGUACCUUUAACUUGAAAUGUUUUAUCUUUGUAAUCCAUCCACUAUUUGAUGAUGUACAGACUGUAAAUGCAAGGAAUAAAUUAAACCAUUUCUCUUAAAAAUAAUAAUUAGGAGUGAAAUAUACGGCUGAAAUGUUUUAAGUAGAUGGAUAGUCAACUAAAAGUUUAAUUGGUUAGGUUAGAGUAUCGGAUUUCUUUUUAAAAUGGUAAUACAAGCUCAGCAAUCCCUGCAUUUAAACUCUGUAGGAAGGACAAUGUAGGACUUUCUGAUGUGGAGGUGAGUGCCACUCUGUAUGUCAACAAAAGCAUUGAGUCCAGUUAGCUAGAAAUCCCAAAAGUGGCAGAUUUCUCCCCAGAAUCGUUGUGGCUAGUGAUACUGGGCCCCAAAAGUAGUUUAGUAUUGGGAGAUCUUGAGGUGAAGAAUGAAUGCUGAACCUGUGUCAGUACUUAUUUUCAAAAUCCUUGGAUUUAUUAAUUCCUACUUUACCCCUGAAGUGCACUUUUCCAUUGUCUCCCAGGACAGACGGAUGCCAACACACUUUGGUUGUGAUCAUUGUUUGCUAAAUACAUUUUUUUUUAAUCCCAGUAGUGAGGGCUUUGUAGGAGGGGUGAUUGUUAGCUUCAUAAAAUCCACAUUUCCAUGUGAAAUUCAUGCGUCUAUACAACUGGAAUUUUAUUUUAUUAGGACAAAGUAGCAUUUUGGGGGUUUUUUUGCUUUACUUCUCAGUGACUGCUUCCAGACUUUGGAACUCCCUCCCUGUAGAUGUUAGACUGGCUUCCUCCUUGUUAUUUUUCUGGCUGCUGAAGAUUUCUUUUUCUGACAGAUUUAUGGGAACUGACUGUUUUUAAUGAAAUGGGUGGUGCCGUGCUGUUUUAAUUAUAUCAGUUUGUUUUUUAAUUGUUUCCUCCUAUGUUUUUAACUGCUCUUAUUUUUAUCUGUAAACCGUGGCAGGGAAUAAUAAUAAUAAUAAUAAUAAUAAAUCUUAUUUUCUUUUAAUCCUGACUUUCUUUUUAUUACAGUCCAUUGAGUGUUACGAAGAAAAUGGUAUGUAUAAAUAAAACAUGUAUUUUAAGAUUUUAUCAGUGCAAUCCUAUUGUAUGUUGGAUAUUGCUGCAAGAUUUAACCUAUAGAUCAAUUGUUUAUGGCCAAUUUUGAUCAAUUGUUAUCAAAAUUGCAAGUUAAGAAUGUACUUCAGGUUGUUUUUUUAAAGACUUCUUUAUUUCCGCAACAAAUACUGAAAAACAAAAUAUCUUUUCAGUAGUGAGUGGUAACUUCUGUGUAUUAGAUUAUGACUGAGUUUUUCCUUUAAUGUCUCAAAAAUAAUCUUUAGUUUUAAUUGUGAUUAAAGGGCAGGUGAUUCAUGAGUCAGUGGUGUAAUAGAUGGAGUGCUGGACUCUAAUCUACUGUAUCUGAUUAUCCGUCAGGGACUGGGGGUGGGGGGAAGGAUAAUGAAUGGGGUGGAGGGGAGCACUGUUAGGGUCUGUAAUUAAAAUCCAAGGACAUAAACUUAACAUUUGAAAUAAAUGUAUCAGAAUUGGAUCAUGUGUACAGUUUAGGGGCUCUUGGUUUUUUUAUGUAAAGAGAUCAUUCAAAUCCAGGGAAAACAUUCAGAUAGAGGAAGUCCCUACCCUAGUCAACAGUCAGCAAGGAUUCAGGCCCUGCUUCUGGUGGCAAUGCAUGUUAGAAUGGUGAUUGGAAAUGUGUUGCUGUUAACCAGACCCAGUGUAACUUCUUCAGCAAAGCUGCAUCCCUAUGGAAGAUUUUCAGCAUUUAUACUGACUUAAAGAAGCUGAGAGUUUUCUAAAAACCUAGAGGAGAAACUAAUAAGGGGCCUUUUGGCAGAGUUACAUUUUAUGUGUUAGGCACAAGCCAUUUCCUACCCAACUACCUCAGUUGUCUGGCACACACAACUCUCGGAGAACAACUUAUCAGAAGCAAUUAUGCAGUAUUUCCAUUCAACCUGAUCUUGGUUUGUGCUGUUUCUUGGAAUGAAUGAAGUGGCAUUUCAUCCCUGGUUGUUCCCAAACAGAAUAAUUAUGCUUUAGUGUUCUUUUCUACCACUGCAUAGAAUUUUAUGCUCUGAAAGAAUUUGCCUUCUGUUUGCUAAUGUGAAUGCUUUAAUAAAUAUAUCAAUGGGAGGUUUAGAAGAACUUCUUGACACAUGCAAUUAGAAAGUAAAAUUCUGCAUCAAAGCAGAGCUGGGCAAAAUUUCAAAAAUUUAUAAAUAGCUUAAUUUAAUUAAAAUCUUACUAAUUAAAGUUAAAUUUAAUUAAUGUUCAUAUUGUGAAGCAUUUCUUACUUUCUUUUUUACUGUGUUGUCAUACAGCCAGAGGGCACUUAUGGAGAGGGUGAAGGGCCACUAACACUGAUUGAUAUAAUUUGUAGUAAAUAAUGUCAUUUUAGAGUUGCAAAGUAUCCCAAGGGUCAUUUAGUCCAAGCCCCUGCAGUGCAGGAAUCAAAGCUAAAGAAAGCCAGACAGAUGGCCACCCAGCAUCCAUUGAAAGAGACAAUCAUAGCAUUUAACAAGGUUAUCCAUUGAAUUGGUGUGGGAUAUAAAGCUGUCAGUCAAGUCCAACAUUCUGAGAGGACUAAUUGCCUCUAUGUGGCAGGCAGUUUUGUCAGCUGGUUGGUCGGUUGCUGCUAGGAGUGUUAACUGGUAACUGCUCGGAUGCAGUCUUCUCAUGACUCACUAUUAUCUAGUACAGUGGUACCUCGGGUUACAGAUGCUUCAGGUUACAGACACUUCAGGUUACAGACUCCGCUAACCCAGAAGUAGUACCUUGGGUUAAGAACUUUGCUUCAGGAUGAGAACAGAAAUCGUGCUCCAGUGGUGCAGUGGCAGCAGGAGGCCCCAUUAGCUAAAGUGGUAGCUUUAAGAUCAGUUAAGAACAGUUUCAGGUUAAGAACGGGCCUUCAGAACGAAUUAAGUUCUUAACCCGAGGUACCACUGUAUAUAGUUUAUCUGUUAUGUAACCUAAGCCUGCCUUCAGGAACAACUCUGUAAACCUGAAUGAAUCUGAUAGUAGUUUGUGUUAGUAUGAUUCAGAUUCAUGUGUGUUUUCUUUAAGAGGGACAGAAAGGGAUUAUCAACCAGGAAGGUAUAAUUAUUGAUAGGACUCAAAUGAGUUAGCAACCCGCUUGUCGCUGCAUAAACUCAAACAGGGGAUCGUUUAAACUCUGCUAAAUUAUAUAUAUAUUCCCACAAUUGGAAGGCACUACACAUAGAUGGUUGUGGAGUAGUAAUGAUGGAGUUCUUGCUACCCUCACUUUCGUAUUAUUCAGUCCAGAUCAUGAUGUUACGGUUUAAAAUUCCAGAAUUUAACUAGAAAGCCUGCUCUGGAAGCCAGUGAGCCCACCAAAUUCUCGUAAUCACCUACAGUGUCAUAGCCAGCACAGAAAAGCAGUGAAAACAGUUGAACAGUGCAGUGAUUUGGCACUUUAUAUAUUCAUAUUGUUUCAUUCACUGCUUUCCUUUAAAAUUAUUCCUGCCACUUAGAUUUGUGCGUGGGGGUAAAUCCAUAAGAAAAGGUAGUAGUCAGCAGAAUAUGUGCGCUCCCGUGCCACUGGACAAGUUGCUUUUGUUUUGCUUACACACCUGAAUUUUACCCACAACAGCCAUUAGCUGGAAAAUAAUUUCAUGAUAUUCCAUGUUUUGAUGUUAUGUCUUUUUCUGGGUCCUGGCCAUUACUAUGAAUCCUGCAUGCUAAGUGAUACUAACUAUUAAAGAUUCUGGACGACUGUCUGGAUAUAGCAGUGUUUAUUUUAAAAUAGGUAAUCCUUUAGGUUGCACUGAUCUCUGAUUCUUUGUCUUUCCAAGGGCCUUCUAUUGAGCUGCUGAAGGAGCACGAAUUUGUACCAUCAGAUAUUUCUGGCCUCGAUGCAAAGAUCAUUGAGAGGCGGGGAAAGUGCAACUUUAAUAUAACCUGGAGCCUUGGUGUAGACGGUAGGUCUCGUAGUUAGUGCAACAGACUGAUUAUGAAACUCAUAGUUUAUAAACUCUUAUUCAUUUAUAAAAUUGGAUAGAGGCCGUCUUUUUUAGUCUUGUUGUUGUUUAGUCAUGUCCGACUUUUCAUGACCCCAUGGACCAGAGCAUGCCAGGCACUCCUAUCUUCCACUGCCUCCCACAGUUUGGUUAAACUCAUGUUAGUAGCUUCAAGAACACUGUCCAACCAUCUCGUCCUCUGUUGUCCCCUUCUCCUUGUGCCUUCAAUCUUUCCCAACACCAGGGUCUUUUCCAGGGAGUCUUCUCUUCUCAUGAGAUGGCCAAAGUAUUGGAGCCUCAGCUUCAGGAUCUGUCUUUCCAGUGAUCACUCAGGGCUGAUUUCCUUCAGAAUGGAUAUUGUAGCCCACACCAAAUCUUGCACUCAAGUUUGAAGUGUAACAUAUGUUUACAUACAUCAUGAGUACCAGUCCAUUCUGCUUUGAUUUGGCCCUUUCAGCUCUGACUUCUGCUAGCAAUAGAACCAGGGGCUCCAUUUCAGUUUGGUGGGGAGGAGGAAUAUUCAGAGUAAGGUUGUUUCCACUUACAUAAAUGCAAUGCAACAAAAGAAAAUAUGUAGUGUGCUUUAAGAGCCUCUGCGGUUGGUGCUUUCUUUGCAUUCCUAAUCACACAGCAAUUUCACCAUCACCUAUCACUUAGGAACAUAAGAAGCUGCCUAUUACUGAAUCAGACCAUUGGGUCCACCUAGCCCAGUACUGUCCAUGCUGGCAAUGGCUCUCCUCGUUUUCAGGUGGGACUUUCCCUACCUGGAGAUAAUGGGGAUUGAGCCUAGGACCUUGUGAUGCAAGACAGGUGCUGUACCACUGAGCCACAGCCUUUCCCCUAAAAUGGGGAGUAUGGUCAAACCUCGGUUGUUGAACGUAAUCCAUUCCGAAAGCCUGUUUGGCUUCCGAAAUGUUCGACAAUCGAGGCACAGCUUCCGAUUGCUUGCAGGAGUUUUCUGCACUCAAGCAGAAGCUGCGUUGGACGUUCGGCUUCUAAAAAAGUUUGAAAACUGGGGCAUUUACUUCUGAGUUUUCGGUGUUUGGGAGCCAAAACUUUCCAAAAUGGAGGCAUUCAGGAUCCGAGGUUUGACUGUACAUGUAUGCCUGGUGUGUAUAUCUAAGUUCACUUAAUUAUUUAACUGUAAACCUGUGUGGGAAAACCCAGUAAAACUGAUCAGAUAUGUGAGAAAUAAUCACACAUACAGUAUGAAAAAGAGAAGGAUUGACCACAACAAGGUCACUUUCCCCUAGCCUUGUUUUGCAUAAUACUGAUUUGAUUAUUUAUCUUAGAUUAAUGCUUUGGUGUGGGUGGGUGUUGAAAUCUUAAACUCACACCCCAGCUCCUUAUUUCCCUGCUCUCUUCCUCCUCGGUUCCCUGGCAUCUAGCUGAUAAGCACAUACAAAAAUCCUUUUAUGUCCUUUGUAAACACACAACUGGCAUACACAUGUUUACCACCAUUUAAAGCAUACAGAUACACAUGGUAGAAACUGGAACUAAACAUAAUGGUGGGCAGAUAUGUCACUCUGUGAAGCAGCUUUAUGUGGAUUUGGAGAGGCACUAACUGCAUAUUUACUUGGAGCAGGGGUUGGAAUGUUGGCUGAACCAUAACCCCCAUCAUCCUUGACUAUUGCCCAUGCUGGGCUGAAACUGAUGAUAGUUGGGAGGCAAACAAUAUCUAAAGAGCCAGUGCCCCACCCCUGGUUUUGGACAUUAAUAUAUACUUGCUUGUUUGCCGUAACCAGAAUUUGAAUAAUGGUUCCUGAGAUUAAGAAGGAGGUUUUUGUCUGUUUGUUUUUUUUUAAAGCAAUUUAUUGGAUUUUACAAUAAGAAUAAAUGUAAUAAACAAUAUAACAUUCGUCUUAACAUAAUUUCACAUUUUCUUUGGACUUCCUCACAUCUCCCGCUCCCACCUUCAUCAUUAUAACAUUUUGUCAGCAAUUUAUCAUCUUAUUUAAAUUCUUAUAUCUCUUCGAUAUUUCAUGAUCUUAUAGUUCUCAUAAAGAGUUAAACUUUCACAAUUUUUCUUAUUUUCUUAAAAACUUCUAAGUUAAGUGGUGCUCAGUUAUUUAGACAAGCAUCUUAUUCAGCAUUCAAUCAAAUCACAAUGUUUUUGCAGGUAGUUCUUAAAUUUCUUCCAAUCCUCCUCGAUUCUCUCUUCUCCCAGGUCACGGAUUCUGCCAGUCAUUUCAGCCAGUUGCAUAUAGUCUAUCAGUUGCAUCUGCCAUUCUUCCAGUGUGGGUAGAUCUUGAGUUUUCCAAUGUUUUGCGAGUAGUAUCCUUGCUGCUGUUGUUGCAUACAUAAAAAUGUUUGGUCCUUCUUUGCCACCCCUUGGCUGACAAUACCCAAAAGGAAAGCCUCUGGUUUCUUAGUGAAAGUAUAUUUAAAUACCUUUUUCAGUUCAUUAUAAAUCAUUUCCCAGAACGCCUUCACUUUAGGGCAGGUCCACCAGAGGUGAAAGAACGUUCCUUCACACUCUUUACAUUUCCAGCACUUGUUAUCAGACAGGUGGUAAAUUUUUGCGAGUUUGACUGGGGUCAUAUACCAUCUAUAAAUCAUUUUCAUUACAUUUUCUUUCAAAGCAUUACAUGCAGUAAAUUUCAGUCCGUUACUCCACAGCCUUUCCCAGUCCUCAAACAUAAUAUUAUACCCAAUAUCCUGUGCCCACCUUAUCAUAGCCGAUUUAACCAUUUCAUCUUGUGUAUUCCAUUCCAACAGCAAGUUAUACAUCCUUGAAAGUAUCUUAGUCUUUGGUUCUAACAAUUCUGUUUCUAAUUUCGAUUUCUCCACCUGGAACCCUAGUUUCUUAUCAUUUUUAAAAACUUCCUUAAUCUGAGCAUAAUGUAACCAAUCUCGCACUUUGUCUUUCAUUUUCUCCAAACUCUGCAAUUUCCAAUUGUCUCCAUCUUGUUCUAGUAUUUCCCAAUAUUUUGGCCAUUUGGCCUCCAUAUUGGGUCUUUUUCGGGCCUUAGCUUCCAAAGGUGAAAGCCACCUUGGUGUUUUAUUUUCCAGCAAGUCUUUAUAUUUUGUCCAGACAUUAAACAGUGAUUUUCUAACAAUAUGGUUCUUAAAGGCCUUAUUUGCUUUAACUUUGUCAUACCAUAAAUAUGCAUGCCAUCCAAAAACAUUGUUAAACCCUUCCAAAUCUAACACAUCAGUGUCUUCAAGAAGUAGCCAAUCUUUUAGCCAGCAGAACGCUGCGGCUUCGUAAUACAACUUUAAGUCCGGCAGGGCAAAGCCCCUCUUUGUUUUGCAUCAGUUAGUAUCUUAAACUUAAUUCUGGGCUUUUGCCCUGCCAGACAAACUUCGAAAUGUCUCUCUGCCACUUCUGAAAGCACUCCAUUUUGUCCAAAACCUGAAGUGUUUGAAAUAAAAACAACAUUCUUGGCAAUACAUUCAUCUUAAUCGCAGCAAUUCGGCCUAACAAAGAAAGUUUCAAUUUUGACCAACUGUCUAAGUCUCUCUUAAUUUCUGUCCAACAUUUUUCAUAGUUAUCCUUAAAUAGACUUAGAUUUUUUACUGUUAUGUUUACCCCUAGGUAUUUUACUUUUUUAACCACAUUAAGUUCCGUCUCAUUCUGAAACCGUUCUGACUCUGUCUCAGUCAAAUUUUUUCCCAAAACCUUGGUUUUCUGUUUAUUUAAUUUAAAUCCCGCCACCCGACCAAAGUCAUUAAUCAAUUGUAAUACUCUUUUCGUACUAGGCUCUGGCUUCUGCAAGGUCAAAACCAGGUCAUCUGCAAAAGCUUUUAGUUUAUAUUGUUUCUGACCAACCUGAAUUCCUUCCACCAACUGGUCCCCUCUAAUCAUGUUCAAUAGCACUUCCAGAACCGAAAUAAAUAACAAAGGGGAGAUAGGGCAGCCUUGUCGUGUCCCUUUUUCAAUUUUGAACUCUUCUGUAACCACAUUAUUAACUAUCAGUUUAGCUUUCUGUUCUGAAUAUAUCGCCUCAAUCCCAUUCUCAAAACCCCGUCCCACUCCCAUCUCUUUUAAGUUUCCCAUCAUAAAUUUCCAAGAAAUAUUAUCAAAGGCCUUCUCCGCAUCUAUAAAAAUUAAAACUGCUUUUGUAUUUAUGUCAGUUUGGAGAAGUUCCAAGAUGUCAAUAAUGUUCCUUGUGUUAGCAAACAGAUGUCUACCUGGGAGAAAACCGGCCUGGUCCUUAUGAAUUACUUCAUUUAAAACUUUUUAAAUCUACUUGCCAAAAUAUCUGCAAAUAUUUUGUAAUCCACAUUUAAAAGGGAGAUGGGACGGUAGUUCUUCAGUUGUGUCUUUUCAGCUUCUGACUUUGGUAUCAAUGUGAUAAAGGCUUCCUUCCACGAAUCCGGUGCCCUCUUCCCCUCCAUAAUUUCAUUGCUAACCUCCAUCAAGGGUUGUAUCAAAUAGUCUUUUAAUGUCUUAUAAUACUUGGAGGUCAGCCCGUCUGGCCCUGGAGAUUUGCCAAGUUGCAUGUUCUGAAUAGCUUGUUCAAUCUCCUGUCGUGUUAUUUUAGAGUUCAGGGUUGUCCUAUUUUCUUGUGACAGUUUAGAUAAUCCAUUUUUGGCAAAAAAUUGUUUAAUCUCGACUUCGUCUUGCGGCCCUUGGGUAUAUAGUUUUUUAAAAUAUCUCUGGAAACACUUUCUAAUGUCCACUGGAUUCUGAAUGUUUCUUCCAUCGACCUCUAAAUUUGUAACCGUAUUUAAUCUUUGUCUUCUCUUCAACUGCAUAAUACUGAUUUGAUUAUUUAUCUUAGAUUAAUGCUUUGGUGUGGGUGUGUGUUGAAAUCUUAAACUCACACCCCAGUUCCUUAUUUCCCUGCUCUCUUCCUUCUCGGUUCCCUGGCAUCUAGCUGAUAAGCACAUACAAAAAUCCUUUUAUGUCCUUUGUGAACACACAACUGGCAUACACAUGUUUACCACCAUUUAAAGCAUACAGAUACACAUGGUAGAAACUGGAACUAAACAUAAUGGUGGGCAGAUAUGUCACUCUGUGAAGCAGCUUUAUGUGGAUUUGGAGAGGCACUAACUGCAUAUUUAUUUGGAGCAGGGGUUGGAAUGUUGGCUGAACCAUAACUCCCAUCAUCCUUGACUAUUGCCCAUGCUGGGCUGAAACUGAUGAUAGUUGGGAGGCAAACAAUAUCUAAAGAGCCAGUGCCCCACCCCUGAUUUUGGACAUUAAUAUAUACUUGCUUGUUUGCUGUAACCAGAAUUUGAAUAAUGGUUCCUGAGAUUAAGAAGGAGGUUUUUGUCUGUUUGGAGACAACUGGGUGCCACUUUGAAUCAAGACAGUAGACUGAAUCUUUCAAAACUGCAGUGAUUUUUAAAAAAUUUUAAAUAAAUUUUAUUUUCAAUGCAAAAUUACAACAAAAAUUACAAACUUUGAUUCCAAAAUAAAACUAUACCAACAAGAAAGAAAAACAUAAUAUGAAAGAAAGAAAACAAAAAAGCACACAUCUACAAAUAAAACCAUAUCUUCAUUCUAUACACAUAUACACAAUAUAAACAAUAUACACAUAUUUACUUCCUUCCUUUGUUCUAGGACCUCAAAAAUUUUACUCUUUCUAAAUUGUUGUUUCUAAUGUAGAUUACUUCUAUCUUUAUACUUUUUACACCAAAUUUCUUUUUCUUUAACCCUGCAAAGCAUCAUUCAUUACAUACCAACAUGCUUACUCCAGAACAGUGUUUUUUCAUAUACUCUUUAGCACAUCCCCAUUCUUUUAAUAAUUUCUGGUCCGAUUGUUCUGUUAUGAAUGCUUGCCAGAUUUAUAUAUUCACAAAAUUUAAUUUGCCAUUCUUUCAUUGCAUCCUGGCAGCUGUCGUUGCAUAAAGGAAUACUUUCCUUUGAUUGUCAGGAAUAUCAUUUGUGAUUAUACCUAAAAGGAAUGCCUCCGGUUUUUUACUGAAAUAUAUUUAAAACAUCUUUUUGAUUUUUUUCAUAUAUUUCAUUCCAAAAUUGUUCAAUAGGUCGGCAUUCCCACUGCAGUGAUUUUAAUUGCUGAUUUCAAAACCUCAGAUUUUUUUUCCGGGGGGGGGGCGUGUCUUAGAAUUCCAGAGCAAUGCCUAGUAAACAGCUAGUAUUUCUAUAUCACUUCAAACACAAAUAAGAUAAUGCGAGUUUUUUGUUUGUUUGUUCUCUUUCCAGGCAGCAUUAUAUUCCUGAAAGCCUCCAAGAUAUGUUUGCAGAAGGAAGGAAGUCGAAGCUGUAUUAGAUGUGAUUACACAGAAAGGUUUCAAAACCAAACCAUGCUCAGUGGUGAAAAAGUAAGAAAAUGAUUUUGUAUUGUGCUGCUGUGGGGAAAUGGGGAAGAAUGUGAAUUCAAUUUAAUUUAUCUAAGGAUUUACAGCCAGAAAGCUAGAUAAGAGCUCGCAAACCAAUAUGGUUAUGGAACAGGCAGAGAAUCAAACACUGCAAACUUUUACAAGAUUGCAGGAAUGAAAGAAGCUUGAAGGCUAUUGCAGCACAACUCCCUGCACUGAAACACAGAAUCUUAACACAUUUUAGCAAAUCUGUCCAUAUGGUUCAGAUAGCUAUCCUCUAAGAGCACGUACAGGCAUGAUGGUUGACAUACAAUGUUAGCCAUACUCCUGGUAGUCUCAUUUAAAUCAAUGGACUUAAGCCUUCUGUGAGUAUGGCUUAGUUCAUGGGUAGGCAAACAAAGACCCGGGGGCCGGAUGGGGCCCAGUCUCCUUCUCAAUCCAGCCUCAAUCCAGGACGGUUCAGGAAUCAGUGUGUUUUUACAUGAGUAGAAUGUGUCCUUUUAUUUAAAAUGCAUCUCUGGGUUAUUUGUGGGGCAUAGGAAUGUGUUCACCCCCCCCCCAAAAAAAAUAGUCUGGCCCCCCACAAGGUCUGAGGCACAGUGGACUGGCCCCCUGCUGAAAAAGUUUGCUAACUCCUGACUUAGUUGGUUAUCAUCCAUUUAUCUGUUUGGUACUUAAAAGUUCAGCCAAACCCACACCCCAACAUAUGGCUGAUGCUUCUGUGGCUUAUAUUUUAAAAUUUUACUUUUGGUUUGUUAGUGUUGACGAUCCACUGACUUACUGGUCUGAUGGAACAACAACAACAACAACAUACAUGUCGAGGUUACUUUGUAGUGGAUAGCUUGAGAUCUGACAUUAUUUAUUUUUAUUUAUUAUUUAUAAAAAAGGGUGGAGUUCAAUAAUGGUGGGGUUGUCCAAAUAUGUUAUUGGACUACUGCAUAGGAUAGGUCACACUUUGGAUUUUGUGAUUUUGUUUAAGCCAGAAGAUUGUGUUUUGUUGUGGAUGAUUUUUCUUUGAUUCCCAUCCUCCUUGCAGCAGCUUUAUCCCACUGUAGGAAGGAGGCAGGGAGGAUAAGAAUAGUAUACCAAUGAAUACUGAUGUAUCCAAAUAUAUUCCUGGGAACCCUUUGGAAGCUUCUGGUUGAUAUAGCUGGUGCUCCUGUUCGUUAUAUCCUGAUCAGUCUGCAGAAAUGAGUUGGGCGAAUUGUAAGCCAGACAAGAAACUGGUAUUAUGUAAGGCCGCAAAAUCUCAUUCUGAAAAGUGUAUGUAUAUGUGUGUGAAUUGUGUUUUCAUCAGUUCUAAGUAGCAGCUCUCCUUUUUUUUUUUUUUUACAAUAUCAAGAUGGCCAAAGCAUCUUUUUCUGAUUUAAGCAACCAGUCUUCUGCCCCUGUAAUUUUGGUAUUUUCCCAUCCAGGUGAGAUGAAAUUUGCAGUUGUUUAACUUGGGCAUUCAGACAGAUAAGGAAAAUGCUCCUCAUUUUAUAAAACAAAAGUGUGCAUCCUUAUACGCUUAAGUACUCUGCUGUUUGUGACUGCUGAUUGUUGCAUCCUGAUUAAAUGGCUUACAGUCUUAUCUGAUCCAUCCCUUCAUUUCGGCACAAGACAUUUCAAACAUGCUGGAACCAUUCCAAUAAUUGCUAAUGUACUUAUGAAUGAAUAAGUAACGGGGGUAUGCCCCCAAACUAAGCUUUGGGCUCCCCAAAAUACCGUGACACAAUCAAGUGACCAUCUCCUAUUGAGAUGCUCAAACAUAUUGAUUAAGAUCGUGGGAACAGACUUCUGACCUUGCAUAACAAUGUAUUCAGAGGCUCUGGUGCGUGCUUUCUGUAAGACAAGUGCUUUAUUGGAACAGUUACAUGAGAAGACGGAUUUGAUGACUGUUGCGAUUAGAAAUUUUGGACAGGUAGUGGGUAUCUAUAUAGAACCCACCCAGGAAUCAACUCAGGAGUGUGCUCUGACAGAUCAGAUGAGGGAGGAGAUCGUUGUUGGACCUCGGGUGGCAGAGAUGGAGGGAGCUGUGGCCCAGCAGGAACAUGAGUUGUUGGAUUUGACAAAUGAACUUGGAAAAAGCCAGAUUUGGAGAGAUAGAGUUUUGUUGGGCUUGGAGAUGGGGGGCUGGAUAGACCCCCCUAUGCAGGGAUGUCUUGACUUUUCAAGUCUGGCAAUGGGCCGUGAGGAGUUUGGGGUUGUGGUGGCCCUCAACUUUGGAGGGACUUUGAAACAUGCUUUUAAAUACCACAUGGAGUUCAGUGUGGAUUAUGGAAAAGGGGCUGAUCUGUUGAGAAGGGACAAAAAUACUGUCAAGUUGGAGUUUCCACGAGUGAAAGGACCAGGAGACAAAGUAAAGUACAGGUAUAAAUAUGAAGAAGAUCUGCGGAAGGGACAUGGAAGAGACUUAAGGGCCUCGGACAUAAGAUUACCAGGUUAAUGAACUAGAUGGAUGGGACAGAAAGGACUGACAAAACCCGGGACCAGGAGGAAGAGACGUUGGAUGAAGAUUGGAAGAAAGUUUUAAAAUUUUUUCUAUUUAGGAUUGUUUUGUAAAAUUAAUGAGUAUUAAAAAAUGUUGGAACGAAACUAUUUGGCUUUAGCAGAAAUGUUAAAAAGAACUAUGCAAGAAUAUGUUAUGGUUGUGAGAAAUUGGUAUAAAUAAGAUUUAAGUUUUAAGUUCUAGGGUCUUUUAUAGUAAAAUAAGGUUAAAAUAGAUUAUGGUAAUUUAAUGACAGAAUAUUAUGAAAAAUGGGAAGGAUUUGCUGUUAUAAUUAAUAACUGGAAUACAAAUAAGGGAGGUGUGAGGAGGUCGAUGAAAUAAGGCAAUGACAAUUAAGGAUUUGGGAAUAUUGGAUCUGUUUUUAAUUGUUUGUGGUUUACUUUUGUUUUUUGGAUUUUGAUGUGUUUUGUCUUUUUUUUAUUUUAUUGAUUUGUAUGGUUUGACUGCUGUUUGCUUUUCCCUUGUUUUUUCUUCUUCUUUGUUUCUUUGUUUUUUCUGUAACUUUAAAAUGCUUAAUAAAUAUCAUUUUUUUUAAAAAAAAGAGAUGCUCAAACAUAUUGUCCAUCCUGAUGCUUCAUUUUAGCUCCAGUUGCACUAAGCCUUCCUGUACUACCAGGAGAAUGUCUGGUUCGUUACUUCAUUUGGGUACAUUGUCACUUGUGGGAAAUGGAGAAAGAAAGCUGCAUUCAUUUUUGUUUUGCUUAUGUUCUAGCACAGGUGUAGGCAACCUAAGGUCCAUGGGCCACAAGUGGCCCACGGGGGUCAUUUAACCAACCCACGAGCCUCCCCCAAAUCAAGCUGCCUGCUUGGAGAGUCCCCGCACACUGCGCUAAAGCAGCACAGCGUGGUGUGGGGACUCACUUCCGUGGUGCCAGAAAUCGCGUCUGCGCAUGCUCAGAUGCUGAAAAUUGCGUCUGCACAGACGCAGACGCUGGAAAUUGCGGCUGCGCGCACGAUCCAGCCCAGGCGAGGUAAACCUUGCCGACCCUUGUUCUAGCAUCUUAAAAUUUGUUCCAAAAAUAUGCUCAAAUAUGAAUAUAUUAUGAUCUUCAAACUUGUCUUAUUUCAGUGGCAGUUCUACUAUAUUGGAUUUCCAGUAGAUGAAAAUAAUGAAUACCACAUUGAAGUUUUCAACCUACCACCACCAAAUCCAGGUCUUGAUCCUCCUAAAAAACACAUAAAACGAUUUUCUCCAGGUAAUUGAACAAAUGUGGUCUUAAAUAUUUUCACAUGAAAAUACCUGCUGUAAGUUUAGUUUGAUGGGCUUUUCAGUCUAUCUUCAAAUUAAACGAACAGCUAUUAAAAGGAGAACCAUAAACUGUUUUCAGUUUAUCCAAAUCAUAAUAUUUUCAUUCAUGAAUAUGAUAUAUAUAUGUGUGUGUUGCACACACCCCCCCCUUUGAAAAAGUAAUGGAUCCAGCUAAGUUUUCUCUGACACAGGAAGCUUUUCUGGCUCCAAUGCAAUGUGUAAAUGCAACCAACAUGGAUGCAUAAUAAAUACAUGAAUUAUCCAAUUUAUGAGAUCAGCCAAGGCAUGCUGCUAAUUAUCCAUGUGAUGGCAAACCCAGCUGUGUAAUGUGUAAAACGAUCCUUUCUCUGACAUUUUAAAAUAUUUUGUUAACUAAAGUGAGCCUAACCAUUGAAAAUAUAUUUAUUUCAAGAUUGGGAGACUGAAACAUUUUAAAAGAAAAGGAAAAUAGGAAACUGCCUUAUACCAAGCAGACAACUGGGCCAUCUAGUGCUGUGCUCUCUAUGUUAACUGGCAGCAGCUCAGCAGUAUCAAACAAGAGCCUUUACCCAGCCCUGCUUAGAGAUGCCAGGAGCUUGAAUUGGUGCUUCUGCAAAGUAGGUGUUCUGCUACUUAGCUACAGUGCUUCCCCCUUUUCACUACUACAAUUACACACAACCUUAAACAGAGUGAUAUGAGAAUUCUUUUACUGACAAAGCUCAUUGAGCUACAAAGCAAUUGUAACAUACUGGUACUUCUGUUAAAGCUACUGCAGUUGCUAUGACAGGUAAAGGUAAAGGUACCCCUGACCAUUAGGUCCAGUCGUGGACGACUCUGGGGUUGCAUGCUCAUCUCGCUUUAUUGGCCGAGGGAGCCGGUAGACAGCUUCCGGGUCAUGUGGCCAGCAUGACUAAGCCGCUUCUGGCAAAGCAGCGCUGCGCACGGAAAUGCCGUUCAUCUCCCCACCGGAGUGGGGACAGAAUUCUAUUUAUCUACUUGCACUUUGACGUGCUUUGACAGACCUGUUUAUCUACUUGCACUUUGACGUGCUUUCGAACUGCUAGGUGGGCAGGAGCUGGGAUUGAACAAUGGGAGCUUACCCCGGCACGGGGAUUCGAACCGCCAACCUGAUCGGCAAGCCCUAGGCUCUGUGGUUUAGACCACAGCGCCACCUGCAUCCCAGUUGCCAUGAUAGGAUUCCUUAAUAUCUGUUUUCCAGGUGAACCAACAGUUUAGUAUUUGCAUUUAGGUUCCAUUCUGAAAAGAUUUUGUGCAAAUGAGAUUCUUCAGUUAAUAUGCUGUAUCUUGAUAUAAAAAGUUUGCCCAGUUUCUAAUUAUAAAAACUCUUUAUUUAAAUUCAGGUUGUAAAGACAGUGUGUUAAAAUACUGUAAAACCUGCAUAGAGAAAGGUAAGUGCAAACUAAUCAUUAGUGAUGUUGAAAAGUAUUUUCAUUCCAAAUAAAGAGGGUUUCAAAUACAGUGGUACCUCUGGUUUCGUACUUAAUUCGUUCCGGAGGUCCGUUCUUAACCUGAAACUGUUCUUAACCUGAAGCACCACUUUAGCUAAUGGGGCCUCCAGCUGCCACCGCGCCACUGGAGCACGAAUUCUGUUCUCAUCCUGAAGCAAAGUUCUUAACCCAAGGUACUAUUUCUGGGUUAGCGGAGUCUGUAACCUGAAGCGUAUGUAAACCGAGGUACCACUGUAAUGGGUUGUAUCCAACGAAGACGUCUUGUUCAAGCAAGGGGGGAGAGAGCAAUUUAACCUAGUAGUUACCAGAGCAUCAAUUACAGUAGUUAGGCUAUCCCUGGGAUACAAUAUGUGGAAAGCAGAAUGCAGUAGUGGUGGGAGGAGUGGCUCAGGGCUAUUUGAUCAUUAUUCAAAACAGGUGCUUCCCACCUUUCCACCCUAAUACCUCUGCAAGGUGGUUGACAACAUGAAGUAAAGCGCUUGAAACAUCAGUGCUACAGUACAUCAGUUCUUUAACUGAACAUGUAGGUUUUUUUAUGUUUAGUGCUGAUUGGGUAUGGUGCCUUAGCAGCAAUUGUGCGCCUGCUUUUUAUGGCUGAGUGGCCAUUAUGUCAUCUUUCAGAUGCUGUGCUACAGCUUUCCUCAUCCCUGAUCAUUGGCCACGAUGGCUGGGCCUCAUGGGAGUUGGGUGUCCAACAACAUAGGAAGGCCACCACCAUGUAGGAUAACCCUACUUUAAGGACUACUGAAAUUUCAAUAGAAAUUAUUUUGGCAUAAGAUUUUAACAGACACUUCUCUAUUUCACAGGAAGCUUAUGGGCCCCAAAUAUAACAGUAUGCCACAAGAAGUCAGAAGUGGUAGUGAACUUUACAGCAAGUCCCUUUUGUUCCAAAUAUGUAAUCCGCCUUCAUGAGCCUGAUCCAUCAGGUGACCUGUAUGAUCAUAUCGUGGUUACCAAGGUAGGUGAAGAGAGUAACAAGCAUUAGUGCAAAUUUACUGCUUUUAAGGAACAUAGUCAAGAAUUUUACAAAGCAAAAAGAAGAAGAAUCCAAAGGGCUCUGUACAAAUAUGUAUUUGGUUUUUUGAAGCUGUACGUAAUAAUUAGGCAUAUAAUUUUUAUCUUGUUUUUUCUUUGGAUUAGGGGAAUGAUACUAGAAUUUCUGAAAAAAUAUUGUUGACUGAUCAAAGCAACAGAACCUUUAAAGAGGUAAAAUCUAACUUCAGUUUAAAAGGAAAAAACAAAUCUAUUGUGAGUUCUAGACACUGUUUCUAAUUAUCGUUCUGCAUGUACUUUCUCAUACUACUGCUUAAAUCUAAUAAAACGUGUUUUCAGACCUUUUUCCAUAUUAAAGGGCUAACUGUACGUUAUACGCAAAUACAUGUUUGUUUAAGAGAGACCCAAUCCCAUCUUUUUUAUUUUGAAACAAUAAUAUGCUUUUGGAGAGGGGAUUUAGGAUUCAAACUACCUGUGGCAUUUGUCAUGCAAUCCCCUGCUACUGGUGACAAUGAAUCCUAGAACCCUCCCCCCCUCACCAACAGCACAGUUCAGAUAUUAGGAUUACUAUGACCAGUAAGUCACACUUGAAGUAAGUCACACUGAAUAUAAUGUGAUUGACUUCUGAGUAAACAUGUAUAGGAUUAUACUGUGCUAAGCCUUUUUGUGUCAAGUUUGAAAAAGAAAACAAAUAUUUUUAGGAAAUACUGGGUUGUAUCCAAAGGUCCCCUUCCUCAGCUGGAGGAAGAUUACUUUAGUCAGAGCCUUUGGAUACAGUCCUUAGUUUCAGAUUUGAAUUUUAUUUUAUGUACUACGAUAAGAAUUUGGAGGGACCAAUCAGGGAAACAAGGUUGUUAAGAAAAAUAAAAAGAAUAUUUUUGUGAGCACAUAAUUUAGCUGCAUUGUGGGUUUAUUUUAAAUCUUCCAGCUAAUUCCUCGUUUUCCACUAUGCGAAGGUCAUUGCCCAAGACAUGCAGAGCAUCAGGAGCUGUGUACUGAAGAACCUACAGAUGGUUAGCUAAAACCUGCUGAAUUUCGCUUCAGUGUAGGCAACAGUAAGCUGCUGUAGUGGUUGGCCUUUAUCAGAAGGACGAAAGAGGCAGAGGGGGAAUAUGAAGGAAAAGUUGGAAUAGAUGAAGCAGUGGAAGGAAGAGGGACUUGUUUUUUUAACCUUGGCCAAAUCUCUUCUUUCUCCAGUGAUCUUCCCCUCAAAUGUAUCUCUUAGAGGAAGUUAUCUGUUCCUGCCUUUGUUAAGCCUUAGAACAUUGCUUCCACAGUUUACUUUCUAACUUUUAUUAGUGAUGUCCAACUGAGUUACCAUAUUUUUCGCUCCAUAAGGCGCACCUUGAUCAUAAGGCGCACCUAGUUUCUAGAGGGGGAACUCAAGAAAAAAAAUAUUAUUUAAAGGGAGCGCUGAGCAGAGCCUGUAUGCAUCCCAGGCUCUGCUCAGCACUCCCUUUACAAGCCACGUGGAGUGUGUGUGUGGCUCUUGGGGGCUUUUCCCUGAGGAGGGAGAAGGGACUGACUGGCUGCAUCAAUCCCUUCUCCCACCUCGUAAAAAAGGCCACAAAAGCUGUGCGCUCUUUAGUGGGUGCACGGCUCUUGGGGGCUUUUCCCUGAGGGAGAAGAGACUGACUGCCUGCGUCACCUUCUCCCACCUUGUAGAAAAGCCCACAGGAGCCGCGCACUCUUUAAAGCCCCCUGCAUUCGCUCCAUAAGACGCACACACAUUUUCCCUUGCUUUUUUUCGCUCUUAUGGAGCGAAAAAUACGGUACUUCUUAAAAGAGCUUUUGGGGAUGUAGAAAAGCCAAUUUUAGCUUUUUUUAUAUACUAGGCCUUUGCUUUAUAAGGUUAUUCACAACUGGUUUCUUAUGCAACUGACAAUUCUUUUUCUCUUCUAGUCUCAACAGAUUUUGUAGGCAAUUACAUAAUUAUUUGUUGCCUACUUGCUUCCUUAUUUCUGAUAGUAUGCAUGGUUGCUGCUCUACUGUAUUACAAGAGGAAGUAUGGUAAGUUUUUGUCUUUCCUCAGAGAAAGCCAUAAGGCUUUUUUUUUUUUUAAGAAACACUUCGUUUCCUUAGACUCAAUCACUCUCACACAUGCCAAUUUUCCUACACUAAAAUAAUAUGCAAGUGUGCACUUUGUGUGAAGGAUGGUGUAUGUGUUUUGUUUUGUUGUGACUACACGGGUUGCAAAGCUGAUGUACUUCUGUAAGCAGUUUGAGGGAGAGACAAAGCUCUUGAGUGUAUAUGAGAUGACAAAUUUUCUUGCUUGAAGAGAGCCUUUUCUUCUUCCUUGGCAUCUUCCCUCAAGGGGAGGGUAGAAGGGAAAGCUGACGGAGGUUUUAUGUGUUGACCUUUCCUUUGCCAUCAUUCCCUUGCAUCCAGUACAGAGGGAAAUAGAAGAUUAGAACAUUUGGGAGAAGUAGUACUGUAGAUUCCGGCGUAUUAGGCGACCCCCAACUUUUCCUGUUAAAAUCUAGAGUUUGGGAUAUACUCACUGUAUAAGACUAGCAGCAGCCUGAGGCGAGGUGAGCGAGCCCUGAUCGGCCAUCCAGCCAAGCGGCGGGCAGUUCUGGCAAUUAUGGGGAUGCCCAGCUCCUUGGAGCCCCAGCUGAAGCCACGCACCACCUCGCCGUGGGAAGGGGAGGCUGCAGUUGCUGCUGCUUCGGGAUAGCUGCCUGCUAUCCAGCGGUCCCCAUGGUGGCAGGGCGAGUGAGCGAGAGGGCAAGGGCUUGGAAUGGGGUGGGUGGGAAGAGUCGCCGCCGGUUCUUUUCUCGAACCCGCAGCCGCUGCCUGGCUGCCUCCCGCGCAGCCAUCGCCACCUGCCACAACCAUACCCGGCAUAUAAGGCUUUGGAUAUUUUCUGGGGUUCAAAAGUCGCCUUAUACGCCAGAAUCUACAGUAACUUGACUUUCAGGCAGCAUGGCUCUCCAACUUCUAAUUAAAUUGUUUCACCAAUAAAACUAGUUUACAACCAAUGACAUAGAAAGGUGGAACAUUAAUUCCAUGAUAUUCACCACAGUAUUGCAUUCAUUUUUGAAUAUCUACUUUGGAUCAUGUUAGCUUUAAAGUCAUUGAACAAGUUUUUGAACCAGGCAUACACAACUUGUAACCCACUAAGUUAGAUGUAGGUGAUCAUAUGUGUAUUGUAGCCUGGCAGAUAUUUCACAACUAGUUAUUUCCAGUCCAGUGCUAUUCAGGUAACAAAGCCAUGUUUAUUGAAGUAGCAAAGUAAGCUUCAUUGUGACUUACUCUUUAAUAUGUGAGUAAGGUUAGGAUUUAACCGUAGGGCAACGGAACUCAAUUCUGAGUUGAUAUGCAUAGGCAGUGGCAGAGCUUCAUGCUCUGGCACCAGGGGGCGGAGAGCAGGCAGGGGCGUGGCUGGCAUGCGUCCCAUGGGCGUGGUGCACUGCCUGUAGGGGCGUGGCGUGCAUCAUGGGGGCGUGGCGUGAGUCCUGGGGGCGUGGUGUGCAGAAGGGGCAGCAGCCGCAAUGGCACCCCACCGGGAUCGCGCUGCUGGGGGCGGUGCACUCCCCCCCCCCCCGCUAGUGUGCAUAGGACUGAAAUACAUGUCUGGCACUUGUUGGCAAAUACUGUAGCAAAUAUUUGGGAGGCUCAGGGAUGAAACAUUUCUGAUUAGGAUUGGGAAAAUAAUGAAUUCCCAAAUUUAUGGAAUAUAUAUAGUUUGAGGGAUGGCAGACAGUAACAUGUUAUCAACUACUGGCUUCCAUUUUCUCUACAAAAAGCAGGAGCAGGUCGGAUAUUAACAAACAAACCCUCCUGGUAUUAAUGUAUAUGGUGUAGUUUCUAUAUGUUUAGUAUUUUGUAUAUAUUAGACAAGUGUAUUUUAAAGCAAAUCUUUCUGCUUUGUAAGUUCAAGUAAACGAAUGCUAUUUUUAAAGGCACUUAACAAUGAACUUUGCUUGCUCCAAAAGGUUGUAUUUAACAGUUUGUGGGUUUUACUUUUGUUAACAGGUGCAGGUAGAAACUGGGCUCUUUCUCCACUAAUGCAACACAUACCUGCUACAAUCCUUGUUGUAUAUUCCCAAGAAGUCUGUUUUCAGCAUACUGUCCUUGCUUUUGCUGAAUUUCUACAUGAAUGCUGUCAUAGUAAUGUCAUUAUAGAUGCAUGGCAGAAGCUGAGAAUUGCUGAAAUGGGACCAGUACAGUGGCUUGCAACUCAGAAAGAAAUUGCUGAUAAAAUUAUUUUUCUCAGUGAAAACAAUGCAAAUCCUGCAUGUGAUUCGACUUGCAGAACAACUGUAGACAGCCACAGUGGGAACUCUGAAUGUAUGUUCAAUUUUGCAUUUAACCUUUUUUGCAGUGACUGGAAAAACCAGUCUUCUCUGCAUAAAUACAUGGUGGUUUCUUUCAGUGAAAAGAAUCCAACAAACAGUCUCCCAAGUCCUUUGAAUAUUUGUCCAAAGUAUGUCCUAAUGAAGGAUAUUGAUUCCUUUUGUAGAGACCUUUCACAGCACAAAGUAUAG